ACACUCUGCCGGCCGCACUGGGGGCACAAAGCGGGGAACCCCUAAGAGCGCACAGACCAGCCAACGUGACUCUGGAUCCAGACACGGCACUUCCCCAGCUCAUCCUGUUGGAGGAUGGGAAACAUGUGAGACUGGGAAGCACCCGGCAGCCACUGCCCGACAACCCGGAGAGAUUUGACUCUGUGCCCUGUGUGCUGGGCCGAGAGGGCUUCCGCUCGGGGAGACAUUACUGGGAGGUGGAGGUGGGGGAUGGGCGAGGCUGGGCUGUGGGGGUGGCCAGAGAGUCUGUGCACAGGAAGGGAUGGAUUAACCUGAGCCCCAAGAGCGGGUUUUGGGCUGUGGGGCGAUAUAAGGAUCAGUUCGGGGCUCUCACUUACCCUGAGGACACCUCCCUGCCUCUGAGCCCCCCCAGCAGGAUCCGGGUUUGUCUGGACUGUGACCGGGGGCAGGUGACAUUUAUCGAUGCUGGAACUGAGGCCUCGAUCUUCACUUUCCCGCCGGGCUCCCUCCCCGGGGAGAGAAUCCGACCCUGGAUCAUGGUGGGGGUGGACGCAGACGACUGGCUCCGACUGUGUCCCUGACACCAGCCCCUCUAGCUUCACACACCCCAGUCUCUGUGACCCUAGAGGACUCCCCUAUAUUCUGCUCUGGCUCCUCAUCUCUAUGUCCCCAGAAGCUCCUGCCCCUUCCUUCAGAUCCAGAGAAGCAAGGUGGAAGAAACCUAUUGCAGCCCCAGGGAGCAGACAAGCCCUGAGGGGCAGAGGUGGGGGCUGGGCAGACAGAACUAAUAGCUGGGCUGGGGCCAGGCAAAGAUGGGGGCUGGGCAGGGACAGAGCUAACAGAUGUCCCCCCAGCACCUGCAUCUGACUCUGGGCCCAAUGGGAGGAGCAGAGCCCAGCACCAGGCCGACGACAUGACAUUUGAGAGUCUAGGCACAGCCCUAUGUCGGUGUCUCCCCAACGGGCACCAGGGGGAGAGG